AUGAUGGCUGAUUUGACUGCAUUCAACUGUCGCGGUGGGCCCCCCGCAUUCAAAACUUUUACGGUGGACCCAUACCCAUCGUGCAAAGACGGCGGUGUAAUUCCUCCUGCGUCUCCAAACUUAUUAGUUACCCACCAUUAUAAAAAAUGGUGGUGACACAUCUACGGAAAUCCAGACCGUCAAAAUCUCUGACCCGCCUGUGUUUGUAACAGAACCUGACAAUCACAUUAAUCAGAAGACAAAAAAUUCCGAGUUUCCCCGUUGAAUUUGGACAACUCACCGUUUCACUCUUAAUCUUCCACUUAAUAGAUCCCCAUUCGACCGUUACGAUUCCUAGAUCAACAUCAUCUUUGGAAUAUUAUCCAUCCACGACAUGCGCAGGAACUUGGAUGGUCUGGAUAUAUGUACACGUGUGCCACAUCUAAGAGUGAAUGAGUCACCACCAUUUGAAAAUGGUGGCUGACUACCACAGUAUCUUUUGGUUUCUAUAAACAACAUAAACAGGAUUUCUGCGUCUGGAAUCGGGAAAAAAAAAAUGGCAAGCGCUUGUGCAAGACGAACCCUUCAAAGCUCCUCCUCUUCAGCUGCUACUCUAUUUUGCGGUUUAAAAUCAUUCUCUACUGGUGGGCCAGCUACCAAAAUGAACUGUGGAUUCUCUUCUGCAGCUCCCGCCUUUUUCCGCUCCUCUCGACACAGGCUCUCAUUCAUCUCAAGGAGUCCUGUGGAGUUGGGUUGUGCGCAGUCUUUGAUGCCAUUGCAUAGUGUUACUGCUUCAGCACUGCUCACUUCCAUGCUUUCUUUUAAGUCUGGAAAUUGGGGAUGGCUUUCAGAAGGGUUUGCAACGACGCUAUAACAGGGACGAUGAGCUUGGCCAAGAUGCAGAUGACAGCAGUAGUAUCAGGGUAUCCUCAA